AUUUUCCUGAAAAUUAAUAUUGACAUAAUUGAAGGCAUUAUAAAUAUAUAAUGGUUAUUGUUUAAACGGUAUAAAACACUCCCGCAGCAGUUUUGAGGAGCUUUAUAAAUCCGCGUUCGUUCCGGUUCUGUAAACCCAAGAAACGACUCGAAUAUAUAUAUUCGGCACCAAUUUCCGUUUUCAAAAUAAACAAGAAUGGCUAUGUGGCAUUUCUGUUGGCGUUAUCGUCAUUUAUCGAAAAUAAAUUCGUAUUCCCCAUUUUGAAACGACGGUAACAGUCGUUCCUUGCCGUUGUAGUAAUAAAGAGCGAAUAGAAACGAGCGCGAUUGUUUGAAGUGAAAAUUACUAACACGAAUCAGUUUGAAAUUUUAAGGUCCGAAAAGGAUAAAACUAUUGAACUACGAGUUUUUUGGAAGGAUAUUUCGAAAAACUUAAUCCAUUUGCGACGGAGACGGUUCGCAUAAGAUCUCUGAAUGGAAUAUAGUUGAGCGUCAGAAUGCUGCGCUCAAUUACCCCAGCGAUUUUGAUUUGAUACAAUUAGAAUGCAGUGAUUUAACGACCGCACAAAUAUUACAGCUUGAAUUACAUCCACUUGUCAAUAAAGUUUCGCCACAGCGUAGCGUAAAAAGGAUUCUAAAUUAUAAUCACACACAUCAACGUAUAGGUCGACAUAUUUUACGUGCAAUUCCAACUCAAAUUACAACUAUGCUACAAGCCAAUGUUUUGUGGGGCAUGGGAAUUACGGGCGCUGGCGUAAAGGUAGCUGUUUUCGAUACCGGCUUAGCAAAGUCGCAUCCACAUUUUCGACGUGUUAAGGAACGCACCAACUGGACAAAUGAAAAAUCUUUAGACGAUGGUGUGAGUCAUGGCACAUUUGUUGCUGGUGUUAUUGCAUCAGCUAAAGAAUGCCUGGGACUGGCACCAGAUGUAGAACUGCAUAUAUAUAGAGUCUUCACUAAUUCUCAGGUUUCAUAUACUUCAUGGUUUUUGGACGCCUUCAAUUAUGCUAUUUUUAAGAAAAUCAAAGUGCUAAAUUUAAGCAUAGGCGGUCCAGAUUUUUUAGAUCAUCCAUUUGUGGACAAAGUGCUCGAAUUAUCCGCUAAUAAGGUUAUAAUGAUUUCUGCAAUAGGAAAUGACGGACCACUGUAUGGCACACUCAACAAUCCUGGCGACCAGAGUGAUGUUAUUGGUGUUGGUGGCAUUAAUUUCGAACAUAAAGUUGCCAAAUUUAGCUCUAGAGGCAUGACAACUUGGGAACUACCUUGGGGCUAUGGUAGACUGAAACCGGAUAUCGUCACAUUUGGCAGUCAGGUUAAAGGCAGUAAUGUGCAUGGCGGCUGCCGUUCGCUAUCUGGUACUUCGGUAGCAUCACCAGUUGUUGCUGGCGCUGUGGCUUUAAUUGCUAGUGGUGCGUUAUCGAAAUUGAAUCUCAUUAAUCCCUCAUCAAUGAAACAGAUAUUGAUCGAAGGCGCUGAACGUCUGUCAGAUAACAAUAUGUUUGAACAGGGACAUGGUAAACUGGAUAUCUUAAAGAGCAUGCAAUUACUUUUAACGUAUGAGCCCAAAAUAACGCUUAGUCCUGAAUAUUUGGACACCACAGAAAGUUAUAUGUGGCCAUAUAGUUCGCAACCGAUUUACCAUGGUAGUAUGCCCAUCAUUGUAAAUGUCACCAUAUUGAAUGGCAUUGCAGUUACGGGCGUGAUCAAAGAUGCACCCAUCUGGCAUCCACACACUGACAAACACGGAAACAUUUUAAAUGUUGCUGUGUCGUAUUCAACGACUCUAUGGCCCUGGUCUGGCUGGAUGUCAGUGCAUAUAGUUGUAAACGAAAAAGGUGAUAAUUUUAAAGGAGUCGCUGAAGGCUAUAUCAGUCUAGAAAUCGAGUGCUUACAAGAGCAACAAGAAGGUAUAAUUGUAACCAAAAUCAAUUUUCCACUUAAAGUGACUGUCAUACCGAAACCACCAAGAAACAAACGCAUACUCUGGGACCAGUAUCAUAGUUUGAAAUAUCCGCCAGGCUAUAUACCACGUGACAAUCUCAAAAUCAAAUCGGAUCCUUUAGAUUGGCGCGCCGAUCAUCUACAUACAAAUUUUAGAGAUUUAUACACACAUCUGCGUAAUGCUGGCUACUAUAUAGAUAUCUUACGCAUGCCGUAUACUUGCUUCAAUGCUAGCGAGUAUGGUACGCUGCUUAUCGUCGAUUCGGAAGAGGAAUUUUUCGAUGCGGAAAUCAAAAAAAUCGAAAAUGAUGUUUACAAUGAAGGUCUUAGUGUUGUCGUCUUUGCGGAUUGGUAUAAUACAACAGUCAUGAAGAAAAUCAAAUUUUUCGAUGAGAAUACGCGACAAUGGUGGAUACCGGACACCGGUGGUUCCAAUAUACCAGCACUCAAUGAGCUAUUAAAACCGUAUGGCAUUGCAUUUAGUGACUUUAUCGCAGAGGGAUUUUUCGCAAUGGGCGAUCACUCCAUGUAUAUAGCCAGCGGCACAACAUUAGCGAAAAUUCCACGCGGAAAUGAUGAUAUUGUUGUCGGUGCAGAACUCCACGAUCAGGGGUUUGAGAUUUUGGAAAAUCCCAAUACGGCUGACAAUAAAAAAAUAUUCAAGCCCAUACUUGGUCUCUUUCAAACUCAGAGCGAAUUGCGCAAACAAUAUUUAACGGUAAAUGCACAAACGCCGACUAGCUACGAAGAGAAUAAUGUCGAACAGCCCAACAUCGAGACAGAAAUUUCUGCUGAAAGAAAUCCCAUAUUAAAUAAACGUAUAUUACUUGAACUAAAUGUUGAUAAACAUAAUAGACACAGUAAUGCGAACUCACUUAAUAAGCUGACGGAAAAUAAUUCUAAAAACUUAAAAGAAAUGCUCGAAACUUUAUCCAUAAUAAGCAGCAGUACGAGCGGACGCAUCGCAGUUUUUAGCGAUUCAAAUUGUUUGGACUCCAUACAUCUCGAAAAAGCAUGCUUCUGGCUGCUAGAUGCCAUACUGGAAUAUACUAUGACUGCAUAUAAAUCGGAGCUGCUACAAAAACUAAAUCGCAUUGCCGAGUUUUAUAAUAAUGAGGAAGACCUACUACCGCUACGUUUGUACAGUAGUAAUUUACAUUUACAUUCUAAAGUAAUCGAUUCGAAUAACAAAUUCCACAAAAAAGAGACUGAGGCUUGUGAAACUCUCAACUGGCUGCAGCCGCAGGGUGUCAAUGGAGCGGAUAUAAAACUUACUACGAAACGUUUAAAGCACAUCGACUUGAAUUUACUAAAAGCUAGUAAAGAUCACAAAGUCGCCGAGUUACUAAAUCCAAUCGUCGAAGCUAAAAAUAAUGCUUUACCUUCGGACGAAGAUGACGAGAGAACAAUAAAACUAACUCUGCUAUUCAUUAUGCUGUUGACAAGUAUUGUUCUCAUAUUCUUUAUAAAAUGUUUUAGAAGAAAAAGGGGCAUAUAGUAUAAAAUUUAUAAUAUUUUGUUUAUCAAAAUAAUUUUGUAUACAUUAUUUAUUUAAGUUAUAAUAAUACAAAUCGCAAUGAAGUGAUUUUCUUGUCAGGUUUACAAAAUAUUAUAUUAUAUUUCGUUUCACUUUAGAAAUGCAAGGGUUGUUCGCUUGCUGGUCAAUAAGGCUUUUGGUGUUAAAAUGGAUGGUGUUGUUAUUAUUCUAGAGGUAUAACACAUUCUGCAUAUUGUCGUUCAGAUGUAUACGUAGACCCUAAAUAGUCUCGGAUUUUUAUAGGACGAAGGUGGCUUUAUUUCUAUUUCGAUAUUUCAUUUCGGUGGCCAAUAGUAUGAGGAUCGAAAUAUUUAAGCCUUGAACUGAUAAAGGUGGGAUAUUCAAUAAGAAAGUGUGUAGAUGAUUAUAUUUUCAUCCAUCAGGGUUGCAAAUAAUGUAUUAAAAAUUUAUUAUUAUUAUUUAAUUUUUAAUCCCUUAUACCGAAUAGAAAAAAAAUUUAAUACCAACAUUAUAAAAAAAAAUAAAUAAAAUACUUUUUUUCAGAAUUUUGGUUAAUUUUUGAAAAAGAAAA